AUGCCACCGUUUGUUUUCGAGCUGAUGGGAGUGGUUCCUGCUCCGCUGAUGAUGGCAGCUAGAUUGGACUUUCUUGUUACUCCUCGGAUACGCAAACGCAUACGCAAACGUCGUCACACGGAAGACCCUCUUAUGGUGUACGAGUCGCAAAUCAAUACCAGCUUUGAGCUGGCCAUCAGUACCACGCUCGCACUUUUUCGCAGUGCUGCUGAUAAGUAG